UGAUUAGAUUUCGAAACAACAAACACAACACAAACAAACCUGCCGCGAGUGUAUGUGUGUGUGGGCGUGUGUGUGUGAAAUCAAAUCGCAAAAAAGCCAAUAUGAAAUAAGGUUAGUUUACUCAGUACGUGGAGAUACGUGGAGUCGAGCAGACAGGAGCGUGAAACACGCAGCGGAUAGCUAAUAAAACGAAAAGAAAGGCAAACCUACAACAAAUAAUAAUAUAAAUACAACAACAACAGCAACAACAACAGCGACGAACAACAAAAGCAAACGAAACACUAACGAAAUACGCGAAACACGCGAAAAAGCAAAGCAACAACAAAAACAACAACUAAAGGUUCAAGCUUAAUUGCUGCGGGUUGUAAAACACGCAGCAGUUAUUUGCAAAACACGAUGACAGCCAAGGCAGCGGCAACUCCAGCAACAACUGCAACACAGCAGCAGCAGCUGCUACAACAGGAAACAUUUGAAGCACCCGCCACACCGCCAACGCCAACGGAAACGGAAACGGGAACUGCGACGCCACCCAGCGAGAGAGAAGAAGAUGAACUGAGUGAAAUCUUCUUUGUGGAGAAUCGCAGACGGAAACAAAACAUUAAAAUCCAGGUGAAACUGUGCAUCGAUGGCGUCUACUUGCGUCGCGAGACCACACAACAGGAUCACAUCAACGAGCAGCUGAUAAGGAUCGAGGACAUCAUCGGAUCCAGCUGCGGACCGCGUCUCAAGAAGCGCGCACGCGGCGGUCUCAACUCCUGCAAGAAUCCCAGCAAGCAGAUACAAGAGGACGAUGUCGAGCUACCGGAGGAUCAAUCGCCUCCGAGUAAAAAGUCGAACCGAAAACAGACGGCGAGUGGCGACAAGAGCGCCUAUCUCUAUAUCUAUGCGUAUCUGAAGAAGGAGAAGCCGCUGCGACGCGUGCAAACGCUGCGCAUUCUACGCUUUCGCUCCAGCGAUGUCUACGCCGAGAAUCUGGCCACAGCGCAGCGCUGGCAUCGCACAAUCAGGGAGUAUAAACAGCGCAGCGGCACCUCGACCGAGGGCAAGAAGCUGCUGAUACUGCUCAAUCCCAAGUCCGGAUCGGGCAAGGGUCGGGAGUUGUUCCAAAAGCAGGUGGCGCCACUGUUGCGCGAAGCGGAGGCCCAAUACGAUCUGCAGAUCACAACGCAUCCGCAGUACGCUCUGGAGUUUGUGCGCUCCCGCAAGGAUCUCCUCGAGCGUUAUGCGGGCAUUGUGGUUGCCUCGGGCGAUGGCCUCUUCUAUGAGGUGCUGAAUGGGCUGAUGGAGCGCAUGGAUUGGCGACGCGCGUGCCGGGAACUAUCGCUGGGCAUCAUACCCUGCGGAUCGGGCAAUGGUCUGGCCAAGAGCAUUGCGCAUCACUGCAACGAACCGUACGAUCCGAAGCCCAUACUGCAUGCCACACUCAUCUGUGUGGCGGGACGUGCCACGCCGAUGGAUGUGGUGCGCGUCGAGUUGAGUCACCGUGACAAGCACUUUGUGAUGUAUUCGUUCCUAUCGAUCGGCUGGGGUCUGAUCGCUGACAUUGAUAUCGAAAGCGAGCGUCUGCGUUCGAUUGGCGCCCAACGCUUCACGCUCUGGGCGAUCAAGCGUCUGAUCACGUUGCGCACCUAUCGCGGCAAGUUGUUCUACUUGCCGCAAAAGGAGCAAAAGGAGACAGCAGCAGCAACCGCUCCCGAAAAAGUGCCUUCACCUCGCCCCUCGCAAGCGCAAGCGCAAGCGGAAGCCGAAUUGCGAUUGAGCCGUAGCACAAAUCGAUCGCUGGCCCGUCGAUCGCUGCCCGUUCCAGCAUCACAUCGUCCCAUCAGCGAGUUCAAGGAUCUGCCAGAUGAGUUCGACGAUGUGCAGCUGCGUGACGAUGACAAUGAUCAGGAUCAAGAUCAAUUUGCGGAUGCAUUGUCGAUGACCGAUCGGUCGAUUUAUCGGCAAAACGCCGACAGUUGGCACUCGGCGGUGUCGCGUCGCACCGCCUACUAUUCGAUGGGUGGCAACAGCACACGCUCCAAUCGCAGCCGCCUGAGUGUCGCCCAGAAGAUCGAGGCCGCGAAUGCCGAGUUCAUGCAGCUGGUGCCGACAGGCACGAUGCCCGCUCUGCAGCUCCCUUUGCCGGCGGAACAGGGCUGGAUCUGUGAGGAGGGCGACUAUGUGAUGGUGCAUGCCGCGUACACAACGCACCUGGCAUCCGAUUGCUUCUUUGCCCCCGACUCCAAGUUGAACGAUGGCCUCAUCUAUCUGGUGAUCAUUCGGGCGGGCGUCGGUCGAUCGCAGUUGCUCAAUUUUCUGCUCAGCAUGCACAAUGGCAGCCAUCUGCCCGAGCCGGAGGAUCCGCACAUACUUGUCGUCCCCGUGACAGCAUUUCGCAUUGAGCCGAGUGGCAACAACGGUAUUCUGACCAUCGAUGGCGAGCGUGUGGACUACGGACCCAUACAGGCUGAAGUAUUUCCGGGACUGAUCAAUGUAAUGACCACAACGGGGCAAUGAGUUCAUUUCUUUUUUUUUUCCUACGUUUCUUUUCACCUAUCAAUGUGUGAGUGUGAGUAUGUAUGUGUGUGUGAAUGUGUGUAGCUCGAUAAUGCACUUGACUAAUCGAUUAAGACUGUAUUUAAUUUUUUUUCCUUUUUUUUUAUCUACUACUUUUAUCGAAGCGCCAACUGUUAAUUAUUUUUAAAGCAAAAAUAUAACCCAAAAAUAAAAUAAAGCGUUACACAACGUUAACAGUUGCCAACUAUGUUAAGCAAAUGUUAAUUAAUUAACAGCCUGAGCAAUAAGAGUGAUCAAACAACAUUUAAUGUUAAGCAACUGUCCUAAUAGACUAAGCUUCAACAAUUUAACACUUUAUGUUGAACAACUAAAAAUGUCGAUAAAAGUAUUAAUUUUGCUCAAGACUAUCAAUAAUAAAGGUGAAGAUCGAUAGCCAACUGUUAAUUAUUUGCUAAGCAAAGAUAUAGCAGAAAAAUAAAGUAACGCGUUACAUAACGUUAACAGUUGUCAACUAUGUUAAGCAAAUGUUAAUUAAUUAACAGCUUGAGCAAUAACAGUGAUCAAACAACAUUUAAUGUUAAGCAACUGUCCUAAUAGCCUAAACUUC